AUGGUUGAUAAGAAGGAAAAGAAAUCGCUUUUGGAUGCCUCAGGCUCUGAAAAGACCGAAGAUAAGACAGCAACUGCCAUUUUAAGAAGAAAGAAGAAGGACAACGCUUUGAUCGUUGAUGACGCCGUUAAUGAUGACAACUCAGUUAUAACUAUGUCAUCCAACACAAUGGAAUUGUUGCAAUUGUUCCGUGGGGACACUGUCUUGGUCAAAGGUAAGAAGAGAAAGGAUACCGUUUUGAUUGUUUUAGCUGAUGACGAUAUGGAAGAUGGAGUUGCUAGAAUUAAUAGAUGUGUUAGAAAUAACUUGAGAGUUAGAUUGAGUGAUAUCGUUACUGUUCAUCCUUGCCCUGAUAUUAAGUACGCAAAUAGAAUUUCUGUCUUGCCUAUUGCAGACACCGUGGAAGGUAUUACCGGAUCAUUAUUUGAUGUCUAUUUAAAGCCUUACUUUGUUGAAGCUUAUAGACCAGUGAGGAAGGGCGAUUUGUUCACUGUCAGAGGUGGUAUGAGACAGGUUGAAUUCAAAGUUGUUGAAGUAGACCCUGAAGAAAUUGCCAUCGUAGCCCAGGACACCAUUAUCCACUGUGAAGGUGAACCUAUCAACCGUGAAGAUGAAGAAAACAACUUAAAUGACGUUGGUUAUGAUGACAUUGGUGGUUGUAAAAAGCAAAUGGCCCAAAUUAGAGAAUUGGUUGAGUUGCCAUUGAGACAUCCACAAUUGUUCAAAUCCAUUGGAAUAAAACCACCAAAGGGUAUCUUGAUGUAUGGUCCUCCAGGUACUGGUAAGACUGUUAUGGCUAGGGCUGUCGCCAAUGAAACGGGAGCAUUUUUCUUUUUAAUCAACGGUCCUGAAAUUAUGUCCAAGAUGGCAGGUGAAUCUGAAUCUAAUUUAAGAAAGGCCUUCGAAGAAGCCGAAAAGAAUUCACCUUCCAUUAUUUUCAUUGAUGAAAUUGACUCCAUCGCUCCAAAGAGAGACAAGACCAACGGUGAAGUUGAAAGAAGAGUUGUUUCCCAAUUGUUGACUUUGAUGGAUGGUAUGAAGGCGAGAUCUAAUGUAGUUGUCAUUGCUGCCACUAAUAGACCUAACUCUAUUGAUCCAGCCUUGAGAAGAUUCGGAAGAUUCGACAGAGAAGUUGAUAUUGGUGUUCCAGAUGCUGCUGGAAGAUUAGAAAUCUUAAGGAUUCAUACUAAAAAUAUGAAAUUGUCUGGUGACGUUGAUUUGGAAGCCAUCGCCUCCGAAACCCAUGGUUUUGUUGGUGCAGAUAUCGCCUCCUUGUGUUCCGAAGCAGCUAUGCAACAAAUCCGUGAAAAGAUGGAUCUUAUUGACUUAGAAGAAGAAACUAUUGACGCUGAAGUCUUGGAUUCAUUGGGAGUUACUAUGGAGAAUUUCAGAUUCGCCUUGGGUAACUCUAAUCCUUCCGCAUUAAGAGAAACUGUUGUUGAAAAUGUUAACGUUACUUGGGAUGACAUUGGUGGAUUAGAUGGAAUCAAGAAUGAAUUAAAGGAAACUGUUGAGUACCCUGUCUUACAUCCAGAUCAAUAUCAAAAGUUCGGAUUGGCUCCAUCUAAGGGUGUUUUGUUUUUUGGUCCACCAGGUACCGGUAAAACUUUGUUAGCAAAGGCUGUUGCAACAGAAGUUUCAGCUAACUUCAUAUCUGUUAAGGGCCCUGAAUUGUUGAGUAUGUGGUACGGUGAAUCUGAAUCAAAUAUUCGUGAUAUCUUCGAUAAAGCUAGAGCUGCUGCACCAACUGUCGUCUUUUUGGAUGAAUUGGAUUCUAUUGCUAAGGCUAGAGGUGGUGCUGGUGGUAGUGACGCUGGUGGAGCAUCUGAUCGUGUUGUUAAUCAAUUAUUGACCGAAAUGGAUGGUAUGAAUGCAAAGAAAAAUGUUUUCGUCAUUGGUGCUACUAAUAGACCUGAUCAAAUCGAUCCAGCUUUAUUAAGACCUGGUAGAUUAGAUCAAUUGAUAUAUGUUCCUUUACCAGACGAAGCCGCUAGAUUAUCUAUCUUACAAGCUCAGUUACGUAAUACUCCAUUGGAACCAGGUUUAGAUUUAGUGGAAAUUGCAAAGAUAACCAAUGGUUUCUCUGGUGCAGAUUUAUCUUACAUCGUUCAAAGAUCUGCCAAGUUUGCUAUUAAGGACUCCAUCGAAGCUAACAUUAGAUUACAAAAACAAAAGGAAGCAGCUAAGGCUGAAGUCAAGUCUGAAGAUGUUGAUAUGACCACUGAAGUUAAGACAGAACCUAAGAGUGAAGCAGUCGAAGGAGGUGACGCAGAGGAUGAAGAAGAGGAAGAAGACCCUGUUCCAUACAUCACCAGAGCUCAUGUUGAAGAAGCAAUGAAGACAGCAAAGCGUUCUGUUUCUGAUGCCGAUUUACGUCGUUAUGAAGCUUAUGCUCAACAAUUACAAGCUUCUAGAGGUCAAUUUACUAACUUUAGAUUUUCGGAAAAUGCUAAUGGAGCUGGUGGAGAAAGUUCUUCAGGCACCACUGGUGGUAAUGAAAACUCCGCUGCUUUCGGUCAAGAAGAAGAUGAUGACUUGUACAGUUAA